CAACAUGGACGUGCACAGGCACGGGAAUUGUUUUGCGAUUCCCAAUGACAACAGAUGUUGAUCAUACAUUACAGAGAGCAAUGUCUUUUAUGCGUGGUCAUAAGAGGAAACGUAAGCUCAAUGCUGAGGAAGGAGAGCUCUUUAGUGAAGGAGAAAAUGCUGAUCCACGACGUGAAGAUGCUGGGAAGUCAGAAGAGAGGCGUAGGAUAAGAAAGCGCAAAAAGCAGCUGUUUCGACAACUGAGGCAGCAGAUUGAGUUCUAUUUCUCAGAGCCAAACCUUAGCAAAGACAAGUACAUGAUGGAGCUCAUGCAUGGGAACACCACUAACUGGGUUGCAUUGUCAGAAUUGAUGAAGUUUAAUCGAAUUAAGAGCCUCACCAGUGAUGUGAAAGACAUUCGCAAGGCCCUCUCUCACUCUGACAACCUUGAGGUCUCCCCUGAUUUGACAGCUGUUCGUCGGAAAUCUCCAGUUCAACCCAAGGAAGACUCAGAUGAUUGCACCAUCUAUAUUGUAGUCCAGUUCGUCUCGUUCGACCUCCGCAUCGUCGGGGUCGACGGACUGACGACGCAUCGCCGAAACGCGAGAAUCGCCUCAGGUGUUCGCAGACCCCGGCGCCGUCAGGAAUGGCGCCUCGGAUGCGGCGCUGGCAAGCAGAGCGCCGGCAUGGGGGCGCGUUUACGGCGUCGUCCUGACUGCCGAGCCGGCGCUUCUUGGCCGAACUGA